GGGACGUUCAGUCGGCACCGCGUACCACCCGCGUUCGCCUCGUUCCGAAAGGAACGCGCGCAGGCCGCCAAACGCACUAGCAUACCACAUUGACAAACGAAAAAAUCGCGUUUCACUCGGUGGGAUCGAGUGGUCCUACCCCUCCAAAGAGACUUGGACCCACCAACGAGCAGCCACUCCGACACCUGGGGGCCCCCGACUCGCAGAGGCGACUCUCGCCCGCCACAAACACCAGACGUCCCCUCUGUGCUACGAAUCUUGUUUGAAUACACCAAGGUGGCAAGGCGGGAAGCAAAACAAGAAAAAUGCCGGUGGGUGGACGGGUUGCUGGAAAAGUCGGGAUUUACAGUUCCCAUUAUAAUGGUAAUGUAAACAGGGAUAUCGUUGUUAUGUGUGCUAAUGUGCAACACCGAAUGUUCGUUGCGGAAAGGCUACAGUGGUAUAAACGAGGAGAUCAUAUGGAUCAGUAUCGGCAUGGGGAUCACCAUCGCUAUAUUGAUCACCAUCGCCCUGUGCUACAUCGCCCGCGAAAAGUGUCGCAAACGGAACGAGGGAUACUACGUCUCCUGACGCACGCUACCGCCGCCCUCCUGGGCCUCCUGGUCCUACUCGCCCACGACGCCAGGCGUCUUCUUCAGCCCCACGACCACAAGAGGCAAGCCGAGGGCGUACUAUAUCACCGUCUAACGCUCAACUGUGACUAAUUACUCCGUUUCAGCUCGAGCGACCUGACGUUUCGUGCCAACGAAAAAUCGACCGUCUCCUUCUUCCUAACAAAGAUUCUCCUUCAGAGAUGAGCUAAAUUCUCUUAUUUUGGGUGGAAAAAUAUUGGAUCGGUACCCACGUUAAGUUGUCGUUGAAUCAGAUUCACUCGCGUCAAAAGUCUAUCGCGCGACAAGGAAAGUCAAAGAGAAACGUAAGAGUGACGAGAGCGAGUGAAAUAUUACAGCGAUCGAACAACUACUUAAGUUUCACAUGUUCGUGAUUUUGUGAUAUCUUACUACUAUGUGUUGGGUAGAGCGAGUGGCAAAGUCCCUUUACCCCGAACACUUCUAGACACUCGGCAAAUUAACAUGGUCGGUCAUUGGUUAAUGACACAGUAGGAAUGAUUGCUACUCCUUGAAGGCACAUAUAUUCUAUGUUUCUGAGAUUUUUUUCUGACUCAUCUCUGGAGAGAGAUGAAAUUCUUACUCGUGUGAAAAGAAUGUAUAGAUUGCCUGUGCUACAUUGUUCGAUGAGCAAUGCAGCAUCAGAAACGAUUGGUACUCCCUAAGGAACACGAUCUUUGUAAUUUUAUUCUGACUAACCGGUCAUUUAGCAUUCAGGCUAUUUCUUUAACCGAAAAUCAAUCUAUUCUGUUCCGCAUUUUAAUAAGAGUGCGUAGACCGUUUCAAUCUAUUACACUUUUUGCAUUUCUGUUACACUUUUUUUUAUCAUCUCAACAUCUUUCCUGUGUAAACGAGGGAGUCUAUUGCCUCGACGCCCCGGUAAACAGGAUUUCGAGUGGUCGAGAGACCGUGAGAUCAAAAUCCGAUUAACCGAAGUACCCUGAUGUGAAAAUGCGACCAGUAUUGAUGGCGAUAGGAUUCGGACGCACGGCGACGUCAUCUCGCUCGAUCGAACGUGAUCUUUUCGUCUACCUGUUACGCACACCGAGAAAGAACAAUUUCGAGAAAGAGUUAACGGGCUUCCGACGCGAAAAUUGUACCGCUAACGUUAAGUGAGAAAUGUUUCGACGAACACAUCGUUUGUGUUGGGUGCUUUUAAAAUGCUGUCACGGUUUCAUUGUUGUAAAGAAUACUCAGCGUACAUUAAGAUACUUCAGAAUAGGAGGUGCACCUAUCAGUGCAGUACUUCAGAAUGUAAAAUACGCGGGCACCAUUUAGUGUUUCAAAAUGUAAAGAUGAUGCAGUGUAAUUUGUCACUUUGGAGAUAUAUUAUGCACAUUUCGAUGUAUUAUAAUAUGAAUGCCAUAUGAUCUUUAUAUUUUAAAGCAAUGAUUUGUUUUCUAUAUAUUCUGGACUUUCUAAAGUAUUUUCUUGUGUGGUAAACAAUUGCUUCACUCGAUAUUCCUCCUGUACGUAUGUUGAACGUAACGUUCGUGUUUCUUUCUGAAGCAUUUUAAAAACAUUCUGUGCAAUUAAAUCGACACUAAUCUUAAGAACGACGAGCGCAGAAACUUGCGCAAAAGCACUGUCUAAAACCAAUUUUAUAAAUAUCCUCUCGGUUUAUUCAGAGCAAUCAAGAACGAGAAAAUAGAGAUGAACAAAAUUGUAUUCCUAUAAUUUCCAACAGACAAAAGCACAGUAUAAUAAUCCAUUGAACAUAAAAUAUAAUUCCCUUUCAUAAUUUAAAUACAUACUUUUAACGAAUGACUGACAAAACUUUCCCUUUUCUACAUUACACAAAAUUUGUACCUAACAAUGUUGCCCAUCUCUAAAGUAUACAACACGAAAAACGAAAAUACAGUUAACUCAACUCGUU